CUCGCCCAAAUUAUUCUUGUCUCCAUAACCGCAUCACAACGCUUCCAUUGUCAUUCUCUAUUCUUUUCACAAUGCUCGCAAGACAGAUGUUCCGCCCUAUACGGACACUACAGAGUCACGUCCGCCGAUACGCGACAGAGCCACCAGCCAGAGGUGGGCCGAGCCCUCUUAUGUAUGCCGGUAUAGCUGCUGUGGGCGGUGCUGGUGCUUGGUACUACCUUACUGGUAAUGCGAAAGAGCAGGUCGCGUCAAAGGUCGACGCUGCGAAAAGUCUUGCGGGCGCCGAAUCCAAGAAAACAUUUACAGGUGGCGAUCAGGGCUUUAUCUCUCUGAAGCUCGAAUCAGUCGAAAAUGUCAACCACAAUACCAAGAAAUUUCGGUUUCAUCUACCAGAAGAUGAUGCCGUCUCAGGCCUCCAUGUCGCUUCUGCGCUCCUCACCAAGUACAAAGGUCCAGAUAUGGAAAAGCCGGUUCUUCGACCUUACACCCCGGUGAGCGAUGAAGACCAGAAGGGAUACCUCGAUCUUCUCGUCAAGAAAUACCCAAACGGUCCUAUGUCCGAACAUAUGCACGAUAUGGAGCCAGGUCAGCGACUAGACUUCAAGGGACCUCUGCCAAAGUACCCAUGGUCGGUUAACAAACACGAGCAUAUCGUCCUUAUCGCGGGAGGGACCGGCAUCACGCCAAUGUACCAGCUCGUAAGAGCCAUUUUUAAUAAUCCUGAAGAUAAGACUAGGGUCUCGUUGAUAUUUGGCAACAUUUCUGAGGAGGACAUUCUUCUGAAGAAAGAAUUCGAGCAGCUUGAAAAUCAAUACCCACGUCGGUUCCGUGGAUUUUAUGUCCUUGACAAGCCUUCAGAGAAUUGGCAGGGCGGCAAGGGCUUCAUCACUAAAGAACUUGUCAAGACUGUCGCACCUGAACCGAAAGAGGGCGACAAGGUCAAGGUCUUCGUUUGCGGUCCGCCAGGUCUUUACAAAGCGCUUAGUGGUACUAAGAAGAGCCCAUCAGACCAGGGAGAGCUUGACGGAGUCCUCAAGGAACUUGGGUACAGCAAAGAUCAGGUAUACAAGUUUUAGAAUAAAUUGAAUGUACAAGCUUAAGAUGCCAAAGCUGUCUGCCUACGUUAUGGCAUAAUGC